AGGGACAAUGAUAAAAAUAAUUCCAGAGAGCGCUUGAAGAACUUGACAUCUAGAACAAAAGAAGAAGAUAAUUCCAUCAAGUCUUUGGUAGUUUGCAUUAAAAUGCACAAGGACAUUUUGAAAUUUUCAGAACUUAUGGAAGAAAACUAUACAAAUUAUUUCUUUAUAUUGCUUGAUUUCAUUUUAUUCGGGCUCUCAGUUACAGGUUUUCAAGUUCGUACAAUUAUUCCAAAAAAAAUGAAACUGCUGAUUAUUUUUGUACUUAUGAGAUGUAAAAUAAUAUCGAAGAUAUCGACUGGAAAAAUUUACACAAUGUCAAUUGAAAACUGUUCUUCCGUAAUGAAAACAUCAUCAAUAUCUUUUUUCACCGUCUUAUCAUCUAUCCAGUGA